AUGAAGCUCUCCACUAUUAGUUCUCUUCUCCUCUCAGGAGCCUCCUGCGUGGUUGCACAUCCUACCAAAAGGGCCGCCCCAAAGAUUACUGACAUCGAUAUUCUCCAGUACGCUCUUACUCUGGAACAUCUUGAGGACAAGUUCUAUCGUGAGGGUCUUGCCAAUUUCACCCUGAAGCAUUUCGAAGAGGCUGGGUUUAAUGAGACUUUCUACAACAACAUCAAAGAGGUCUCUUACGAUGAAACCACUCACGUCUCUUUCCUCACUACAGCCCUAAAAGGUCUCAAUGCCACCCCAGUGGCAGAGUGCACUUACGCUUUUGGCGUGACCGACGUCGCUUCCUUCAUAGCCACAGCCUCGAUCCUCGAGGGCGUCGGCGUAUCCGCAUAUCUCGGCGCUGCAGCCUCUAUUGUCGACAAGGCAUACCUCACAGCCGCCGGCUCGAUCCUGACCGUCGAGUCCCGCCACUCAGCAUACCUCCGAGCCGCACAGAAGCAGUCCCCGUUCCCACAAGCGUUCGACGCGCCUCUAGACCUCGACCAAGUCUUCACGCUCGCAAGCCCAUUCAUCAAGUCCUGCCCCGAAAGCAACGGAAAGUUACCCGUGAAGGCGUUCCCCGGGCUCAUGGUCGAUGCGGCGUCCAAGGAUAUUAAGACGAACGCCACAAUCGCGCUGAACCUUCAACAGCCCAUCGACUCGCACGAGAAGUUGUAUGCUGCUUGGAUCGCUGUCACCGGCCCAACGUUCACGCCUGCGACUUUGGUAGGCGGCAAUAAGAUCGAGACAACAGUCCCCGAGGGCUUCCACGGUCAGACGUAUGUGCUCAUCACGAAGGAUAACGAGAAGGUGUCUGAUGACUGUGUUGCCGCUGGCCCCGCGAUCGUUGAAAUCACGGGGGCUCAAGGAUCACCGUAGAGCCUGGUCUAGCCGCCUUGGUAAAGGAUGGGGGAUCAGUCGCUUGAGUCGGGAAGCGAAUAUGGAGAUCGCGAUCUCAUUGAAUUAUCGUACGGAUGGAUCUCUAAAAUAAUUUGAAUAAUAAUGUAAUACAAAAUCUACUAGGUGUUUUUGCCUCCUAGGUACUCAUAGCUCUUUGUGAACGUAUUUUUCUGUUACAAGUCAUGAGGACCGGGAGGAUACCAAAAGUAUGUGCUCCGUGAAGGUAGAUA